CACCAGAAAGCAAGCAGAGCAGGAAGAAAUUCAAAUUUGCGAAUAUUCUCUCUCUCUCCCCGGCGAAGGCGACGGCGAAGGAGAAGGCUACGGCGAUCGGCGGCGAUCGGCGGCAUGAAGCUUAAGAUGAACAAGGCCUGCGACAUCGCCUCCAUCUCCGUCCUCCCUCCCCGGAGGACCGGAGGGAGCAGCGGCGCGUCGGCUUCCGGUUCCGUGGCGGUGGCGGUGGCGUCUCAGCCGCGGUCGCAGCCGCUCUCGCAGUCGCAGCAGUCCUUCUCGCAGGGCGCCUCCGCCUCGCUCUUGCACUCGCAGUCGCAGUUCUCGCAGGUCUCCCUCGACGACAACCUCCUCACCCUCCUCCCUUCCCCCACCCGCGAUCAGAGAUUUGGCUUGCAUGAUGACUCAUCCAAGAGGAUGUCCUCUUUACCAGCCAGUUCAGCUUCUUGCGCGCGAGAAGAGUCUCAGCUGCAACUGGCAAAAUUACCAAGCAACCCAGUGCACCGCUGGAACCCCUCCAUUGCAGAUACUAGAUCAGGUCAGGUUACUAAUGAGGAUGUUGAGCGCAAAUUUCAGCAUCUGGCAAGCUCAGUACAUAAGAUGGGGAUGGUGGUAGACUCAGUCCAAAGUGACGUAAUGCAGUUAAACAGAGCCAUGAAGGAGGCAUCAUUAGAUUCUGGUAGCAUACGGCAAAAGAUUGCUGUCCUUGAAAGCUCACUUCAGCAAAUUCUUAAGGGACAAGACGAUCUCAAAGCACUCUUUGGAAGCAGCACAAAACACAAUCCUGAUCAGACAAGUGUUCUGAAUUCUCUAGGCAGCAAAUUGAAUGAGAUAUCCUCGACCCUUGCAACCUUGCAGACACAAAUGCAAGCAAGACAACUGCAGGGUGAUCAGACAACUGUUCUGAAUUCUAAUGCCAGCAAAUCGAAUGAGAUAUCCUCGACUCUUGCAACCCUGCAGACACAAAUGCAAGCAGAUAUAAGACAACUGCGGUGUGACGUCUUCAGAGUUUUUACAAAAGAGAUGGAGGGGGUUGUUAGAGCUAUCAGGUCUGUCAAUAGUAGGCCUGCUGCAAUGCAAAUGAUGGCAGACCAGAGUUACCAAGUACCAGUUUCAAAUGGAUGGACCCAGAUUAACCAGACACCAGUAGCAGCUGGAAGGUCUCCAAUGAACCGAGCACCAGUAGCAGCUGGAAGGUCCCGGAUGAACCAAUUACCUGAAACAAAAGUGCUUUCUGCACAUUUGGUUUAUCCUGCAAAGGUGACAGAUCUGAAGCCAAAGGUGGAGCAGGGAAAGGUAAAAGCAGCUCCACAAAAGCCGUUUGCUUCGAGCUACUACAGGGUGGCACCUAAACAGGAAGAGGUAGCGAUUAGAAAGGUCAAUAUACAAGUGCCAGCAAAGAAGGCACCAGUCAGCAUAAUCAUCGAGUCGGAUGAUGACAGUGAAGGACGUGCGUCCUGCGUGAUUUUGAAGACAGAAACAGGUAGCAAGGAGUGGAAAGUGACAAAGCAAGGCACCGAAGAGGGCCUGGAGAUCCUGCGGAGGGCGAGGAAGAGGAGGAGGAGAGAGAUGCAGUCCAUCGUGCUCGCAUCCUAGCUAAUUAAUGGUAACGCCGCAUGCAUCGUCAUCAUCAUCUCAAGAUUGACUGAUUGUUUUAACAUAAAGCCAAACAAAGGAAAGAGAUAAAGAUUACGACAAGACGAAAUUAAAAGGUAAAUCAACCACUAAACUAGAGAGCUAGAACCUGCUGUCCAGUGCUGCUGUUGUUAUUGUUGCGGUUGUUGUUGGGAGGUCGAGUGGACAACUAACUUACCAUGCUGCCGAAUGCUGUACCGCAUCACAAACAGACACCACUUUUCGCACAUACUGUAGAGCAACCAGCUGAUGCCAUUCCUAUA